AUGUCCGCUAAAAACUGCACAGCUACUGCCAAAUUGAACACGGGAGCCACCAUCCCACGGUUGGGGUUCGGAACCUGGCGUUCAACUGAAGCCGAUGGCUACAACGCCGUUUUGUCGGCAAUCAAAGAUGGUUACCGCCACAUCGACUCUGCUGCAGUGUACGGCAACGAGGCCGCGGUGGGAAGAGCCAUCCGCGACUCGAAGGUGCCUAGAGAAGAGCUGUUCGUCACAACCAAGUUGUGGAACACCCAGCACCGUGAGCCUGCCAAGGCCUUGGACCAAUCCCUCGCGAGAUUGGGUUUGGACUACGUUGACUUGUUCCUCAUCCACUGGCCUUUGCCAAUGAGAACUGAGCGCAUCAAAGACGACAACUUGUUCACCGUCCCUGAGAAGGAGAACGGCGAGCCUGACGUCGACAACGACUGGGACUACAUCAAGACCUGGGCGCUCAUGCAAGAACUGCCUGCCUCGGGCAAGACCAAGGCUGUUGGUGUCUCCAACUGCUCCGUCUCCCAACUACAGAGACUGAUCAACACCAAGAACAACAAGAUCGUCCCAGCCACAAGUCAAGUCGAAACUCAUCCUCUGUUCCCACAACAAGAAAUGCUCGACUUCUGUAAGCAGAACAACAUUUUGUUAGAAGCAUAUUCGCCUCUUGGCUCCGAGGGCUCUCCAUUGGUUGAUGAACCUGCCGUCAAGGAAAUCGCCAAGAAAUACAAUAUCGACCCCGCUCAAGUCCUGAUAAGCUGGGGUAUCCACAGAGGUUACGCUAUCUUGCCAAAGUCUAUUACUCCAAGCAGAAUAAAGUCUAACUUGCAAACUGUCGAAUUGACCAUCGACGAUGUUGCUAAGAUCAACAACAUUCACAAGGAAAAGGGAGAGAAAAGAAUCAACGACCCAGAAUGGUUUACUUUUGAGUAA